AUGAUUGGACUGGUGCGUGGCCCUGAACGGGCUGCCUGGAUUGCCAAGGAGCUCGUGGGGUGUGGUUCCAUCACAGUGGUCGACACCGAGUCACCGGGAUGGAUCAGGCUCGCCUGUCCCUUGACCGGCAAGGGCGAAUUGGUCGCGCCUAGCCCAGACGCAGACGCCGGUGCUGGUGCCGACGGGCUCAUCGAUGGGGUUGGUGGCGAAGUGCUGACUUUGGCCAUGGAGGAGCAUGGCGCGCAUUUCUUCCCAUUCUGA